UCUGCAGGGAAUCGGCGGUCGUGAAGCUCCUAUGAAAGCCACCAAACCGUGGAAUAACCAGCGUUUUAUCGGCAUGUUUGAUGUGGUGAACACGACUAAACAGGAUUCUGGCCGUUACAGAUGCAUCGUCCACUCGAACAGAGGCGUAGGAGUGUCCAACUACGGAGAGCUGACCAUCAAACAGCCGCCGGUUCCCAUCGCUCCUCCUCAGCUCAUGGCAGUCGGGGCCACAUAUCUCUGGAUCCAGCUCAAUGCGAACUCCAUCAACGGAGACGGGCCCAUCAUCAACCGCGAGGUGGAGUACCGCACCGUCUCCGGCACCAUGUACGACCUGCAGCCCGUCGAUAAAACCUCGCACAAGAUUGGCCAUCUGGACCCCGACACGGAGUACGAGAUCAGCGUGCUGCUGACGCGGCCCCUGGAGGGAGGAACCGGGGCCCCAGGGCCGCCGCUGAGAGCCCGCACCAAAUGCGCAGGUAACCGCGACCGCCUGAUAAAUGCUGUCAUAUAA